CUCUCUCUCUCUCUCCCCCUUUGGGUGCCCUGUGCUUCUUGCCGUGCUGCCCCCAAUUGAUUGCCCAUCGCAGGCAGCCCGGCAAAGUACUUUUCCAUAGAAAAAUCAGCGAUGAGUGACUUACGGCUUGCAAUUGACCGGGACCUUGGGGGUACAGAUGUCGUGUCAUUUUUGAAGGUGCCUUCUCCCUCACCACCCUGCGCCUCUUUUCGCGUCUCUCCUUCUCUUUCUGCCUUCCCAUCUGUGACCACUGACCUCCCUUUUUUUUUUUUUUUUUUUUUUUUUUCCCAUCCCGACUUGCUGGCCUCCCCUCGUGGCUUCCUUCACUGCACUCGCUCAACCUCUUGCCUUUUGCAACUUUCUCCCCCAAAAGGCCUUCUUCCAUUUUCCCAUCUUCGGAUCUUCUUUCCACAAGCAGGAUUCCACUGUAUACCCUUUUGGAGAAAAGGCACGCCUGUCUCUCUCUCUUUUAACAACCUUCUAAUCUUUUCUGGAACCCAUCGAGCUACCCCUUUGGUCACCAAACCUCCCCUCCGAAAAAGCGCAGCUUCCCCCUGUCGCCAAAUCCAGUCACACCGACCAGGCCAAGAGAACCUCUUCCCUCUUUCAACUGUUCACACACUCGUUUACACACGCACCUCCCCACGGAAGCUACCAAGUCUUCCAUUCUCUGCUUCGCUCAACGAAAUCAAACCAUCACAUAACCCCUCAACCACAAUACCAUCAACAUGAAGGGUAAGCACUGUCCCCAUACGAACAGCUACAUGCGCCUCCGCCUGCCCCAAUUACAGCCUUGCCCAGUGAUCUGCUGUACUCGAGGCUGGCAACAGGCGCAUUGUGUGGUCGGCAGUGACGCAGACUUGCUAACUUGUUACAACAGCCAUCAUUCUCGUUGGCGGCUUCGGCACUCGUCUUCGCCCUCUGGUACGUCUAUCCCUCUCCCUAGCUUGAAGACACAGCAUACGGCGGCAGCAGCAGAUCUCUGCCACCUGCUGCGGCACCUUCCACACCAUGACAGAAUAUUUUGCUGACCUGGUUACUACAAUGCGCAGACCCUCACCCUCCCCAAGCCCCUGGUCGAGUUCGCGAACAAGCCCAUGAUUGAGCACCAGAUCGAGGCCCUUGCUGCUGCUGGUGUCACCGAUGUUGUCCUCGCUGUCAACU